AUGAGGAAAGAAGAAAGUGUCGCCUCGCCAAAUACCAACCGCUUUCAAACGACGUCGUUUACAAUGCUGCGCGUGGGAGAAGAAGAAGAAGAAGAAGAAGAAGAAGAAGAAGAAGAAGAGAAAAAGAAGAAAAUGGAAAUUGUUUGGCAAACUCCUGCGAAUCCUCCUGAAAAGCACGAUUACAUUUUUCGCAACGGGAGGCGACACGUCAGGCCGUACUACUUCGAGUUCAUCGCUCAUGUCAAGAUUCGGUGGGCAGGGAAGACCAUUGUGGAUUUGUUCGCCGAAGAGUUUAAAGGCAGGCCAUAUGAGUACUAUGUUAGUGCAGUCAAAUGUGGGAGAAUACAAGUUGAUGGAGAGAUGGUCCCGGUUUCCUAUAUCGUAAAAUCGUCGCAAAAGAUUAGCCACUUCUUACACAGGCACGAACCUCCUGUUUUGGCUUUGGAUGUUAAAGUUCUUCACAAAGAACCGGAUGUUGUCACUGUUUGGAAACCUGCAUCUGCUCCGGUGCAUCCAUGUGGUCAAUAUCGUAAGAACACUGUUGUAGGCAUUCUUCAAGCAGAGCAUGACUUGGCACCUGUAUUUCCUGUACAUCGUCUAGAUCGUUUAGUUUCUGGACUUCUUAUCUUGGCAAGAAAUGCUUCGAAGGCUGACAGUUUUAGGCAACAAAUUGAGGCAGGCAAAGUGCAGAAACAAUAUGUUGCUAGAGUCAUUGGGGUAUUUCCUGAGCAUGAGAAAGUCGUGGAUGUUAACAUAAAUUAUAAUGCUCGGGAAGGAAGGAGCACGGCAGAGGUGGGUGACUCUUGUUGUGAUACGCCCGUAAAGGGGAAGGCUGCUUCUACCAAAUUCACUAGAAUUGCUACCAACGGGAUUCAAAGCAUUGUCUUGUGUGAACCAGUCACUGGCAGAACUCAUCAAAUACGUGUACAUUUGCAAUAUGCGGGACAUCCCAUAGCCAAUGACACGCUUUACCUGUCCAAAGAAUUCGUUGAUCGUUCCACUGAAGGAACAACUGCUGAUAGGGCUGCUGCCGGUUUAGAUCGUUCUUUGUCACCCAGUUCUGGACAAGAUUUUCUUCGUCAAAAUGAGGAGUCUUCCACUGAAGAUUUCUGCAUUGACCCCAUGUGUACAAACUGUCCGAAUUUGGGUCCCAAAGGAUAUGAUGGUGAUGAAGAGGGUCUGUGGCUACAUUGUGUCAGAUACUCUGGGCCAGGAUGGGCUUAUGAAUGCCCAUAUCCAGAUUGGGCUACACUCUGCUAAAAAUACUUUUUUUUUCCGAGAAAAGCAAAUGGUUUGUUGUGGUUGUGUUAUGUCAUUUUAAAUAAUUGA